CAGAACCAUGGGGAAUCCCCAACGGGCACUCCUCGUCUUAGGCUGUCUCCUCACAGGGCCGGGGCUAAUACUCUGCCAGCUUUCACUACCCUCCAUCCUUCCAAAUGAAAAUGAAAAGGUUGUGCAGCUGAAUUCCUCCUUUUCUCUGAGAUGCUUUGGGGAGAGUGAAGUGAACUGGCAGUACCCCAUGUCUGAAGAUGAGAACCACAGUGUGGAAAUCCGAAACGAGGAAAACAACAGUGGCCUUUUUGUGACAGUGCUGGAAGUGACCGGUGCCUCGGCGGCCCACACAGGACUGUACACUUGCUACUACAACCACACUCUGACAGAAGAAAAUGAGGUCAAAGGCAGGCGUAUUUAUAUCUACGUGCCGGACCCAGACGUAGUCUUCAUACCUCUGGGAAUGAUGGAUUAUUUGGUCAUCACGGAGGAGGAUGAUUCUGCCAUCAUACCCUGCCGAACGACUGACCCUGAGACCCCAGUCACCUUACUCAGUGGCGAUAGGGUGGUUCAUGCCUCCUAUGACAGCAAACAGGGCUUUAACGGAACUUUCCCUGUGGGGUCCUACAUCUGUGAGGCCACCAUCAAAGGGAAGACGUUCCAGACCAUCCCUUUUAACGUGUAUACUUUAAAAGCAACAUCAGAACUUGACCUAGAAAUGGAAGCUCUUAAAACUGUGUAUAAAUCAGGGGAGAAGAUUGAGGUCACUUGUGUAGUCUUUAACAAUGAAGUGGUUGACCUUCAGUGGACUUACCCUGGAGAAGUGAAAGGCAAAGGUGUCACAAUGCUCGAGGAAAUCAAGGUUCCAACCAUCAAGCUGGUGUACACUUUGACAAUCCCCAAGGCCACAGUGAAAGACAGUGGAGAUUACGAAUGUGCUGCCCGCCAGGCCACCAAGGAGGUCAAAGAAAUGAAGAAAGUCACCAUUUCUGUUCAUGAGAAAGGAUUCAUUGAAAUCAAACCCAACUUCAGCCAGUUGGAAGCUGUCAACCUGCAUGAAGUCAAACAUUUUGUGGUGGACAUAAAGGCCUACCCUCCUCCUAGGAUAUCCUGGCUGAAGGACAACCUGACGCUGAUUGAAAACCUGACCGAGAUCACUACUGAUGUAGACAGGAUUCAGGAGAUAAGGUAUCGAAGUAAAUUAAAGCUGAUCCGUGCUAAGGAAGAAGACAGUGGCCAUUAUACUAUUGUAGUUCAAAAUGAAGAUGAUGUGAAGAGCUAUACUUUUGAACUAUUAACUCAAGUUCCCUCCUCUAUUCUGGACUUGGUUGAUGACCACCAUGGCUCUACUGGGGUGCAGACUGUGAAGUGCAUGGCAGCAGGAACCCCUCUUCCUGACAUUGAGUGGAUGAUUUGCAAGGAUAUUAAAAAAUGCAAUAAUGAAACUUCAUGGACGAUUUUGGCCAACAAUGUCUCAAACAUCAUCACUGAAAUCCACUCCCGAGACCGGAGUACCGUGGAGGGCCAAGUUACUUUCACCAAAGUAGAGGAGACCAUUGCAGUUCGAUGCCUGGCUAAGAAUCUUCUUGGGGUGGAGAACCGAGAGCUGAAGCUCGUGGCUCCCACUCUGCGUUCUGAACUCACUGUGGCGGCUGCAGUCUUGGUGCUAUUGGUGAUUGUGAUCAUCUCACUUAUUGUCCUGGUCGUCAUUUGGAAACAGAAACCGAGGUAUGAAAUUCGUUGGAGGGUCAUUGAAUCAAUCAGCCCUGAUGGACAUGAAUAUAUUUAUGUGGACCCCAUGCAGCUGCCUUAUGACUCCAGAUGGGAGUUUCCAAGAGAUGGACUAGUGCUUGGUCGUAUCCUGGGAUCUGGUGCCUUUGGGAAAGUGGUUGAAGGAACGGCCUAUGGAUUAAGCCGUUCUCAGCCUGUGAUGAAAGUAGCAGUGAAGAUGCUAAAACCCACAGCCAGAUCCAGUGAAAAACAAGCUCUCAUGUCUGAACUGAAGAUUAUGACUCACCUGGGGCCACAUUUAAACAUUGUAAACUUGUUGGGGGCCUGUACCAAAUCAGGACCCAUUUACAUCAUCACUGAGUACUGCUUCUAUGGGGAUUUGGUCAAUUAUUUGCAUAAGAAUAGAGACAGCUUUCUGAGUCACCACCCAGAGAAGCCAAAGAAAGAGUUGGACAUCUUUGGAUUGAACCCCGCUGAUGAAAGCACACGGAGUUACGUUAUUUUAUCUUUUGAAAACAAUGGUGACUACAUGGACAUGAAACAAGCCGAUACCACACAGUAUGUCCCCAUGCUGGAAAGGAAAGAGGUCUCUAAGUAUUCAGACAUCCAGAGAUCUUUGUAUGAUCGCCCAGCCUCGUAUAAGAAGAAAUCUAUGUUAGACUCAGAAGUCAAAAACCUCCUCUCGGAUGAUAACUCAGAAGGCCUUACUUUGUUGGAUUUGUUGAGCUUCACCUAUCAAGUUGCCCGAGGAAUGGAGUUUUUGGCUUCAAAAAAUUGUGUCCACCGGGACCUGGCUGCUCGCAAUGUCCUCCUGGCUCAGGGGAAAAUUGUGAAGAUCUGUGACUUUGGCCUGGCCAGAGAUAUCAUGCAUGAUUCUAACUACGUGUCAAAAGGCAGCACCUUCCUCCCCGUGAAGUGGAUGGCUCCUGAGAGCAUCUUUGACAACCUCUACACCACCCUGAGCGACGUCUGGUCUUAUGGCAUCCUGCUUUGGGAGAUCUUCUCUCUUGGUGGCACACCCUACCCUGGCAUGAUGGUGGAUUCGACUUUUUACAAUAAGAUAAAGAGUGGGUACCGAAUGGCCAAACCCGACCAUGCCACCAGUGAAGUCUACGAGAUCAUGGUGAAGUGCUGGAACAGUGAGCCAGAGAAGAGACCCUCCUUCUACCACCUGAGUGAAAUUGUGGAGAAUCUGCUGCCUGGACAAUAUAAGAAGAGUUAUGAGAAAAUUCACCUGGACUUCCUGAAGAGUGACCAUCCUGCUGUGGCACGCAUGCGUGUGGACUCUGACAACGCGUACAUUGGCGUCACCUAUAAAAACGAGGAAGAUAAGCUGAAGGACUGGGAGGGUGGCCUUGAUGAGCAGAGACUGAGCGCGGACAGUGGCUACAUCAUCCCUCUGCCUGACAUCGACCCUGUUCCUGAGGAUGAAGACCUGGGCAAGAGGAACAGACACAGCUCACAGACCUCUGAAGAGAGUGCUAUUGAGACAGGUUCCAGCAGUUCUACCUUUAUCAAGAGAGAGGAUGAGACCAUUGAGGACAUCGACAUGAUGGACGACAUUGGCAUAGACUCCUCAGACCUGGUGGAGGACAGCUUCCUGUAACUGGUGGAUUCAGGAGUCCUCUUCCACACCAGGUGCUGCCUUUGGAUAGCUUAAGAAAACCACUUUAUUGCAAUGCAAAGGUUGAGAGGAGGACUUGGAUGAUGUGUAAAGAGAAGUUCCCAGCCAGGGGCCUCAGGGAGCCUUCUAAAUAUGAAUGAAUGGGAUAUAUUGAAACGAACUUUUCCAGAGUUGCCUCAUGCAACACUUCAGUAGCAUCUCAGCGGUGUGUGCAGUUCGGAGGUAGACGGACAAGGGGAUAAAUCGGCCACGGAAGACAAUCUUUUUGUUUCAAGGGCAUUGGUGAGAUUCCAACCUGCACAAUUUUUACUGCGACAAAACUCCAGCAUUGUAAUUAUGUAAAUAACUCUAACCAAGGAUGUGUUUAGAUUUGUAUUAACUAUCUUCUCUGGACUUCUGAAGAGACCACUCAGUCGAUUCAUGUACUUCUGUCUUGAAACCUGGUGUCAGCUGCUGUUGAACUCUCCUGUGAAGUACAUGCAAAACCACUUUUGAACCUAAAAGGUACUGGUACUAUAGCAUUUUACUUUUUUUUUUUUAGUGUUAAAGAGAUAAAGAAUAAUAAUUAACCAACCUUCUUUAAUAGAUUUGGGUCAUUUAGAAACCCAAUAAUUCAUUUUCAUAUUGUAAUCUAGGUUUAUGAUAAUUCCACUGUUAUCAGUAAUGUUAAAUGUGUAACAUGUAACACGUUUUCCCUACCAAGAAGCACAAUGAAGAAAAAGAAAUCCUUACUAAGUAGGUGACAAGUUUGACAGUUUUUGGCAUUUAUAUUAAGUAACAUAUGUUUCUCUAUAAGAUAUGGUAAUAGCAUUAGUGGAUGAAAUUUAGCUGAACAUAGAGAACAAAGUAAAAGUAGUGUCUUCCAGGAAGUCAAAGUUUUUACUUGUGUACUGAUAGGUUCCCUAACCAACUGUACUAAAAACAAUUAACUACCCUCUGAAGUAAUGGAAUUAAAACAAAACCCGAACUGUUCUCAAUAAGAAGGCAUAAGCCUAUGCCUAAGACUUUUCAUUUUAUUGCCCAAUGGAAAACACCAUCGUCAGCAAAAAGACCGGAUUUGCAGAGGUUUGUAAAAUGCCUGGUAAUAACUUCGGUGGAUCCCAACAUAUAUAUAUAUAUAUAUAUAUUUUGAUUCUGCAAACCCUAAAAGAAUCAGAAGAAUGCUGUGAACAUCAGCCUCAUUUCUGCAUUUCUUACCUCAAAGAGAAAUAGUUUGAAACUCUGAGACCAUAAAGGCAUUGUUUAGUGAAGGCUAUGCGUGCAUUAGCCUGGAUCUGUGGUCUCUAAAUGUGACUGGCAGCCAGAAUCACAUGAUUUUGGGUCUGCAUUCCAGAGAUUCAGAUUUAUUAGGUCUAGAGGGAGCAGGAACCUGUAUUUUUAUCAACAGCCUGGCUGUUCCGAUCAGCCAGGUUUGGGUAACACCAGCUUAGGUUACAGGAAGUUGCCAUGGGAAGAAAACAAUUUGAAAUGGAACUGGGCUAAAAGUCAACCAUGCAGGAAACCUACUAUUUAAGUCCUUGGCUUUAGGUCAGUCAUAUUUAAUGCCAUAGAGCUAGCAAUUGCUACCCUUUUUUAGUUUUCCAGCCUUAGCUGAGGCUGAGAAAGCUAAAUCUUGGUUUGGCAGCUCUUCCAAAAGUAAAGACAUUGCUUUCCACUGCAGUGGGGGUGCUGAGUUUGGGUUUUUGUAAUUUCCUGAAAAAAAGCGUGUUCGAAAAUGUUGCAAUUCAGUGCUCCAAGUCUCUGUAUAACCAGGUCAGUAUUUUGGUGAAAAAAAUUAAAAAAUUUCACUGAUUUUUUUGAAGUUAGAUGGAAGGAUGAAUUGUUAAAUCGACCCAAACUCUUGAACUAGUUGGUGUGGGUUCAUUGGCAUUCUUUGCGAUCCUGCUUGAUUGCUGACACCCUAUGAAUGAAACAUGGGCUGUGAUUACCGCAAUCACUGUACGUGCUACGGCAGCUGAUGCUUUGGAGGAUGUGGAAGCAAUAACAAGGUACUUGACUACCUACUGGUGUAAUCGUACUGCAAGCCCCAACUUUCUUAUCCAUCUUUUUUCACAGUAAGUGUGAAGACUGAGCCCAACUAGCCGAUUAAAAAUAGAAAACCUGACUAGACUGUGUAGAGCCAAUUAGACUUGAAAUACAUUUGUGUUUCUAGAACCACAGCUCAAGCAUUCUGUUUAUCACUCACUGUCACUUGUAUAGCCUUCUCUUGUUGGUGCUUUGCAUUUUGAUGUUACUUUGAGCCUUGCAUGACAUCCUGAGGCUGGAGGAAAAUUCUCAGACCAGCGGUGUCAAGCUCUAACAAAUGCUCCCGCCCGAGUUCGUGACCACAUGUUUUUACAGUGUUUUCAGUGUAUCACAGAUUUGUUUCCUUUUUGACCUCCUGAUAAGUCCCCAGAAGAAAAUUUGCUAAUCUUUCUGCUUUCUAUUUUUAUGAUGACAAUCAAAGCUGGCCUGAGAAACACAAUUUUUUGAGUUUUUCAAUGAUCAAUGAUGUCCUUAAAAUGUGGUCUGCCAAUCUGUACAAAAUGGUCCUAUUUUUGUGAAGAGGGACAUUAGAUAAAAUGAUGUUAUACAUCAAUAUGUAUAUAUGUAUUUCUAUAUAGACUUGGAGAAUACUGCCAAAACAUUUAUGACAAGCUGUAUCACUGCCUUUGUUUAUAUUUUUUUUUAACUGUGAUAUUCCCCACAGGCACAUUAACUGUUGCACUUUUGAAUGUCCAAAAAUUAUAUUUUAGAAAUAAUAAAGAGAAAAAUACUUAAGUAUUCCCAAAACAAUGGUGUGGUGAAUGUGUGAGAAGAACUAACUUGAUUGGGAGGGUCCACGGGUACAAGAUGUAUUACAAAUGCCCCGUUCAUGUUUUCAUUUUAAAACGUGUAAAUGAAGAUUUUUUUAUAUUUCAAUAAAUGAGAUAUAUAUAUAUAUAUAUAACUUAGAGUUGUGCUAAAGUUCUAGCAUUUUUGUUUUUCAUUUAAUGAGGUAAAUUAUAGCAAAUCUGUUCAACUUGCUUUCUUAACAUUUCAGUAGAACACCACUAUCUAGUGCUGCUAUAACAGAAAUACCACAAGUGAUGGCUUUAACAAAAAGAAAUUUAUUUCCUCACAGUAAAGUAGGCUAAAAGUCCAAAUUGAGGGUGUCAGCUCCAGGGGAAGGCAUUCUCUCUGUUGGCUUUGGCGGAAAGGUCCUUCUCAUCAACCUUCCCCUGAACUGGGAGAUUUUCCAUGCAGGAACCCCGGGUUCAAAGGAUGGGCUGUGCUCCCAGCACUGCUUUCUUGGUGGUGUGAGCUCCCCCUAUCUCUCUGCUCACUUCUUUCUUUUAUAUCCCAAAAGAAAGUGGCUCAAGACACAACCCUAUUCAGUAGAUUGAGUCCUGCCUCAUCAACACAACUGCUGCCCAUCCCCCCUCGUUAACAUCACAGAGUCAGGAUUUACAACACAUAGGAAAAUCACAUCAGAUGACAAAAUGGUGGACAAUCACACAGUACUGAGAAUCAUGACCCAGCCAAAUUGAUACAUGCAUUUUUGGGGGACACAAUUCAAUCCAUGACAACCAUCUUAGGCUUUUUUUAUUGUGGUAAAAUAUAUAUAAUAAAAUGCUUGCCAUUUCAACCAUUUUUACGUGUACAAUUUAGUAACAUUAAUUACAUUCACCAUCAUUACUAUCCAUUUCCAAAUUUUCCCUCACCCUUUACACAAACUUGGUGCCCCUUAAGUAAUAGCUCCUCUUUUCCCUUUCCCACUCACCAUCUUAGGGUUUUGAUUAAACUAAUAGAACAUUUAAGAUUUAAGACAUUGUCUGAGCUAGUCAGUCCUCUGGCACAGCUUUUGACUUAAAGAUGACCAGCACUUGACUCAUCUUGGAUUCCGUUUCUUUUCUUUGUCUUUAUUGUGUGGUGUUUUUCACCCCCGCAUAGGGAAUACAUGACUGCUUUUACUCCGUACAACAUUCAAACAAUAUAGAAGUAUAUAAAGUAAAAUGUCUUACCAUGCCUUCUUCCCUGUCCUUGUCCUGUUUCCCAGAGGCAAAGCUGUGUCAUUUGGUGUGCAUUCAUUCCUUCACCCUUUUAGUCCCCUUUAUACAUGCCUGUUGAGUCAAUUCUAACUCAUGGUAGCCUCAUGUGUUUCAGAGCAGAACUGUGCUCCAUAUGGUUUUUGUGGCUGUGACCUUUCAGAAACAGGUCACUAGGCCUUUCUCCUGAAGCAUCUCUGGGUGGGUUCAAACCGCCAACCUUUCAUUUAGCAGCCAAGUGUGUUAACUGUUUGUACUACCCAGGGACUCUUAUACACAUCUGUUACAAAACAAACAAACGAAAAAAUCAAGCCAGUUGCCAUCAAGUCAAUUCUGAGUCAUAGAGACCCCCUGUGUUAUAGAGUAGAAGUGCUGCACAGGCUUUUCUUGACUAAUCUUUACAGAAGCAGAUCACCAGGCCUUUCUUCUGUGGCAACUCUAGUGGGUUCAAACUACCAACCUUUAAGUUACUAGUCUAGUGCAAACCGCUUGUGUCACCCAGGAGUCCUAUAUACAUGUGUGUUGACAUGGCAUGCCGUCGAGUCAGUUCCGACUCAGUGACCCUACAGGACGAAGUAGAACUGCCCAAUGGAGUUUCCAAGGCUGUAAUCUUUAUGCAAGGAGACUGCCACGUCUUUCUGCAGAACCGCUGAUGGUUUCAAACCACUGACCUUUUGGUUACCAGUCAAUCAUUUUAACCACUGUGCCACCAUAUGCAUGUAUGUACAAGUUUAAAAAUAGCAAUGUGUAUAUAUGCAUAUACACGUAUAUACACGUUGCUAUUCUUGCUUCUCAUUUUACCAAAGUGAGAUUGUAGUUUAUGCAAUGCUUUGCAACGUCCUUUUUUCUUUUAACACUAUGUUUUAGAGAGCUCUGCUAGAAGUAUAGAUAAAAAAAAAUAGAUAGAGCCCUCUUAUUUUUUUGCCAGCUGCAUAGUAUCCCAUUAUGUAAACGUAUCAAAAUUUCUGUGAUCACUUUCCUGUAAAUGGAUCUACGGUUUGUUCCCAAUUAUUUGCUAUUAAAAUGACUUCAUGAACAUCCUUGUACAUACAUUCUUAAGCAUGCAUAGCAGUGUUUUGUUAGCAUAGAUGCCUAGAAAUAAAAUUGCUAGGUAGGCCAAAGGAUGUGAGAAAUAAAUUGGUAUUGAUUCCAAGUCUUCAGAUAUGAUUGUCACAAUAAAUUCUUGAAUGUCUGCAUGUGAAUUAUCUGCUUUGCGAUUAACCGCAGUUUUCUAAGGUCUCUUCGUCCCCACACUGGUCAGAAAUUGAGUCUUUAAAACAUGGCUGGGAGGAGAUAAAAUGUGGUAUGUGAGGGAUUUUUGUUUUGCUUUAGAAUGCUGAAUUAAAUGACUUCAGAAAAAAAUGAUACAAUUCAUGUUAUUUUCAACUUGUGCAUAAUGGAAAUUGAUUAUGUCGUUAAUAGAAUACAGCACCCUAUUCCAACAUAACUCCUUCUUUCACAAAUCCAAAUAUUUGGCAAUUCAAAUAAUGCCAAAGCAUACAUCGUUGGCAUCCUUCCAGGAAGAGCCUGGCUGUAGGGUUGGAUAAUGGUCCUGCCUUCUGUCCGAGCCCCACAAAGAAGACAGAUUAUCGGGAACUGUAAUCCUGCUGAUUCAAUAAUAGCUGCCUGUUCUAGCCUCAGUGCAUAGGGUUCCAAAACCUGCCUCGAGAGAACUUUUUCAUUUGUGUUUUUAAAUGUAUAAUUUUAAAUUAAUUAUGUAUAAUUCUCUUAAUACAAUGCCAACAACUCUGUCUACUUUCUUGUCUUCUCAUGAUAAUAAAAUGACUUUUACUACUUGAGGGUGUUUAAACUUUGUUAAAGAUCUUUUUCACACGUACCUCUGUUUAUUCUUACAAAUAGCACUUUCAGGCAGGGGAGACAUUUUAUUGAUGAGGAAACCAAGGCACCAAAAGACUUAAGUGACUUUUCCAAGAUCGUACAAAUGGGCAAUAGUAACACUGGGAUUGAAAUUCCACAUACACUAAUUCAGCUGGUUUACACCACAAGCCACUGGAAAUGGAAUAGGUACUGGGAAAUGUCGGUGUUCAGAAGUAGGCUGCUUUGCUUCUUGAGCUAUUUUCACAAGAUGAGUGAUGGACUAGGCAGCCUGUAGAACUAUUGCAUGCGUUUGUAAUCAGAGCAAUUUCUUUUCAGGCUAUAAUACAACAGUUCUAAUAAUGGGUAUUAUGAUUUUAAUAGCGAUGCACUUCAUAAAAUGCAGCUCAGGCAAACGGCUUAGAAUAUCUGCAACCAUCAUAAACUACGCAGUUUUCCCUGCCAUAACAGGGUGAUAGAAAUGCUUCAUUAUCCCCAAUUCCAAAUACAUAGAAGGAUGAAAUCCAACCACACCGUUAAAGCAAAAUUAAUAUACUGU